GUAACAUGUGAUGCGCCCCGCCCCGCCCACUUUUCCUUUUCCCACCAUUGAAGCGCCGCCAAGGUUCGUAAUGAGAGCUGAGUAAAUACAGCAGUGCUGCAGUCUCCCCCAGGAACUAGAGCGCCGAGUACCACAGCUUGGAGCCUGACAGAGGCAGAGGCGCGCCAGGCCCCGGCACUGAAGGCUUUUGACAGCCGACUGGGCGGGAAGUAGAGAGACCUGGCCGUUCCUGCUGUAACCGGGAGUGCGCUGCCCCGGGUCUGCUUGUAUCGGGAGCGCGCUGCCCCGGGUCUGCUUGUAUCGGGAGCGCGCAGCGGAGCCGGCCAGUCCAUUGGAACUUACCGGGGCGCCAGAGGAACAUGGCGGCUCCGCUCGCCCAGUUCGAUGAGGACUGGCAGGACUUCUACGAGUUCCGAGCCGCUUCCAGCAGUGACAGCGGCUGCCUGGAUAAGGUGAAUUCCAACACGCCCUCAGCUGUGGCUCCUCUCCUGGGCCAGGGGGCCGGGGCCGUGGUGGCGCUGGAGGAUCUAGCGGAGUUGGACAACGGCUUCUCCAUGGAGAUCAUGGGAGGGUUCAAGUCCAUGGAGGAUCUGGUCAAUGAGUUCGACGAGAAGCUGAGCGUGUGCUUUCGCAACUACAGCACCGACACCGGCACCAUCGCGCCUGUCAGGCCCAUCACCGAGGAGGGAAUGAUGAAGGACGAUGAGAUCUGGAAUGCCUUGACUGAUAAUUAUGGCAAUGUGAUGCCUGUUGACUGGAAGACUUCUCACGCAAGGGCUCUUCAUCUUCCAACCCUGAACCUUUUGGAUAAAGCUGUGAAUGAGAAUUUAAAUCUUGACCUGUCUGAUGAUGAGGAGUUAAGAGAACAGUUAGAUAUGCACUCAAUCAUUGUCUCUUGCAUUAAUGAAGAGCCACUUUUCACAGCUGAGCAGGUGAUUGAAGAAAUUGAGGAGAUGAUGCAGGAAUCCCCUGAUCCAGAAGAGGAUGAUACCCAUUGUCAGUCAGACCGUCUUUCCAUGCUUUCGCAGGAGAUUCAGACCCUAAAGAAGGCUUCUACUAAUCGCAGCCAUGAAGAUAAAGUGAAGAUGAUGUCCGUUGCAGAGUUAAAUGACCUCCUUGAAGAAAUCGAGACCGCUAUUAAGGAUUAUUCAGAGGAGUUAAUUCAGCAGUUGGCUUUGAGGGAUGAGUUAGAAUUUGAGAAAGAAGUAAAAAACAGCUUCAUUUCAGUCCUCAUCGAAGUACAGAACAAACAGAAAGAGCACAAGGAGAAUGUGAAAAAGAAGAGAAGGGUGAAAAGUGCAAAUGCACAGAAUGGCACAAAGGAGAGGAGUCACAUGCCAGGAACGCGCUUCAGCAUGGAAGGCUUAUCAAACGUCAUACAGAAUAGCUUUCGCCAGACAUUUGGGAACCCAGGAGGAGAAAAACAGUAUUUGACCACAGUCAUCCCAUAUGAAGAGAAAAAUGGGCCACCUUCUAUUGAAGACCUACAGAUAUUAACUAAAAUUCUCCGCGCAAUGAAAGACGACAGUGAUAAAGUGCCAUCGUUGUUAACGGAUUACAUAUUAAAGGUUCUGUGCCCUACAUAAGGAGCAGCUGCACAAGAUGGCAAGCAUAUUGAAUUUGGGAUAUGACAUUUCCUGUGGAUGACACCAAGCCGUUCCAUACAUCUCUUUCCCACCGAUAUCUGCCCACAGGCAUUAUUGCUGCAGCCCUGUUCCUAACCAUCCUUUCUCCUAGCAGCAUUGCUGUUUUGUAGCAUGAUGAUCCUACAGCCGUCUCCGCAGGCUCUAAUAACCAAGUAAUACAACUCGAUAUAACCGUGGCUGAGUAUGGGACAUGGCCUUCCUGUGACAUUAAUGCCUAUAGAACAAAUGUACAGUUUUAACCGGUUUUUAUGUGCUGAAAUCUAUUUUUACAUGAAAUGAAAGUCAUAGGACACUAAUCAUUCUCUUGAGCGGUUUUAAGAUGGAGAAAGCAACGCGUUUUGUCCUACCCAACAGGUGGCAAUGCUGUCAGCUGACACAGCAUUGGAUCAGGAUUGAUUCAUUUUGUAUAAAGGGAACAUUUGCAAAUUGCACUGACGUUAUUUUUUUAAAGAAAUGUAGAAAGUAAGAAUAUAGUCUAUAAACACUACAGGAAACAAUGAAUUCUAGGCUCCAAUUCUGAGCUCCCAUCCGCUGUAAGGCCAUACAUUGUAAGGCAUGUUAGACAGGGUUAGCGUAUUCUUGUAGUUUAGAUGCCCGCUCUCUGUAUCAUACAAGUAUUGCUUGUGUCUCAGUCCCUAAAGCUUCCUGUUGCAGAAUAGUCUCUUGGAUUUAUAAAAGCUGGCAUAUAAAGUAGCCAGAGUGGGAACAUAAGAUCAAGUCAUUCUGCUACAAUUGCACACCUUUGUAGCAACUAAAACCCAUUAUGCACUUGGAAGCCAUUUAUCUUCCCACCUUCACUUUUUAUGGUAUUUUAAAUAUAUUUUUAAGAUAUACAUUAAAAGCCCAAAGUCUAUUUUAAAAUGUGUAACAUAAUAAAUUCAUUUGGUUGUGUAGAGCACAAGGGCUGCCCCUUAUACUAAUCCCUACAUACACUGUUAUUCUGGCGCAAAGCAACAAAGGGCCUUUCUGUGUUGUGACCUCAUCAUUUUAAUAUGCGCACUUAACAUAUUGUUUGAAAUGUUUACUUUUACAUAACAGUAUUAUUUUUAAGGAACAAAGCUAAUAAAAUAAAUUGAAUCAAUUUUAAUUAAGAUAUUAAUCUAGUAAUCCUUUGGAACCCGACUGCUAGAUGUGUAUUGAGUUAGUAGCCUUUGCCCCGACCCAUGGAAAGGGAUUAUUUGUCUUGCACUGCCCUGCUUGUAACUGAGAAAAUAAAACUGUACAAAGUGUAUUUUAGUAUAUUAUUAUUAAACUCUGCUUUAUGGAAA